CGAUCACUAAAAUAAGCUUCCUGCUCAAAAUGGCUGGGUUCCUGAGUAUUGCUUGUAUAGUUUCCUCAUGGAUCUUGCUCUUUCAGAUAUCAGGUGGCACAGCCGAGUCUAUCACCACAGAACUUGAACCAGUAUUCGAGGACGACACUCUGAGAUUCAUACAGAACUCUGUAAAGGGUAGUUGCAAGUGUUCAAGCACUACCUGUGGAUGUUGCCAGACAGUAUCCGUACUACACGAGAGGAAGGAUGUGUGCAUCAACGUGAAGUAUUUGAAAAAAGAAAUAGGAGUCCUUUUGACGGUGACAUGGGGUGGAAAAGUCAUUUACAGCAAGGAAGUAUCAGUCCAGAACCCUCCAGCUGUUUGUUUGAAAGUUCCAUUGUUGAAAAAGGUUGGAAAACUUUGCAUCCAAUUGUACAACAUGCAUGUUGGAGGGGACGGGCUGUCUGGAUGCUCGAGAAUAACCCUCAAGGUUGCUUUCAUAAAAGUCAUCAAACUUGACCUUGGAUGCUUCAAAAUUCCUUUUGCCAACGAUGAAAUCAAGUUGGGAGAAGCUCCUUGGAAUAAGGAACUGAUGAAAACCAAUGAUGAGCGUAGCCCUUUGCUGAACUACUUUCGCUACAUGACGAAGCACAUUCAAAAUGAUGAAAAUGAAUUGUAUGAGGUCCUCAUGCGGGAGAUUAUGGAAGAGGACACUCAUUAUUAAGGAGAGAAAGGAUGGAGACUUUCAUCUCUUCCUAAUUUUUCUCGAAUUUCUUUUACUUAUGUGAAAAUCAAGCUUUAGACACUUUUAUAUACAUGUUGCACAUUGCCAAAAUCUGAAUGAGAGUUAAAAUCUCUUGAGAGACUAAAAUUUUUAUAAGCUAUAGACAAGAGAGAGGGAGAGAGAGAGAGAGAAUCCAAUUGUCAAAUGAAAAUAAAUACUUGUAGUCAUUAAACAAAAUUGGGAAUAAAACUGUUUUAAAAGAU